AACCUCUAAUCUACACGUACCUGUUAAUCUACUUCGAACAGCUCAGCAAAAUGGAUCAAAUUGUAUCGGAAUGCGAGAAAUUGUGUCUCGACAUCAACGACAAAGGCGUUGCCACUCACUUCGACGAAUGUGAUCCCCUCAAGGGAUUUCGAUCCAAAUUCAAAAUACCCCAAGUGACCGAUCCGUCCACGAAUGCGAUAAAGAGUGGCGUGUAUUUGCUGGGCAAUUCGUUGGGAAUGCAGCCGAAAAGUGCCCGGUCUUACAUCGACGACGAGCUGAAGAAAUGGGAAGAUCACGGAGUGGAAGCAUAUUUCGUAAAGAAAAACUCGUGGUAUGAAUACGACGAGAGGUGUAGCAAUCAACUGGCUGAACUGGUGGGAGCUAAGCCGAGUGAAGUGGCUAUAAUGGCUUCGUUAACUGCCAAUUUGCACUUUAUGAUGACAUCAUUCUUCAGACCGACUUCGGAUAGAUACAAAAUUUUGAUGGAGGAUGGGGCGUUUCCGGCGGAUGCGAUCGCCGUACGAAGUCACAUUCACUCUCGUGAUUUGUCGCCGGAUGAUGCGUUGAUUCUGGUUAAGCCUCGGGAUGGCGAAUAUUUGAUACGAGAAGAAGAUAUUUUGUCGCUGAUUCGUAAACAUGGCCAUGAGAUUGCGUUGGUUUUUAUUGGUGGCGUUAACUACUUUACUGGUCAAGUGUUCGAUGCAGAAAUAAUCACGAAAUUGGCCCAUUCGUACGGAUGUAUAGUUGGGUUCGACUUUGCCCAUGGAGUUGGCAAUAUCAAAUUGAAUAUUCAUGAAUGGGACAUUGAUUUCGCCGUUUGGUGCACCUACAAGUACCUGAAUUCAGGCCCCGGCGGAAUCGGAUGCAUUUUCGUUCACGAGCGUCAUGCUAACGACACAUCUCGACCGCGAUUAGCUGGCUGGUGGACACAUGAAAGAAACACUCGAUUCUUAAUGAAACCGGAACUGAUUCCCACACCCGGUGCCCUGGGCUAUCAAAUUUCAAGUCCUCCGAUUCUGUGCAUUGCCACGCUCAAGGCCAGUUUGGACAUAUUCAGCGAAGCGGGACUGGACGCUCUGAUCGUCAAAAGUAAACGACUGACGGGAUACAUGCAGCUGCUGAUCGAAGCAUUGGACACGAAAAAUAAGGUUAAAAUUAUCACACCGACGGACGAAUCGAAGCGAGGCUGUCAAUUGUCGCUGAUCUUUUCCGCCACAUCAGCGAAAUUGAUCUUGGACGCUCUGUUGAGUGAAGGUGUUUUCUGUGACUUCAGAGAGCCGAACUGUAUACGCGUUGCGCCCGUGCCGCUGUACAAUACCUUUGCAGAUGUCUACGAUUUCGUUUCGUUGUUGAUGAAGCUGAUCAACCAGUACUGCGACGAAUGAAUUGUACACUUCUCUUGUAACGCUCGACGGAACAAAUUAAAUUAAAUUACAAACCUUUCCAUUGCACACCAGGCCUUUUUACUUAAAAUUAAACAAUUUCGGGAUGAUAUCACCACA